AUGUCGACGUCGAAGAAACUCAAGAGCUUGAUACGCAACAGAGACAGCGUUCUCGAGUUCAUGGACCGGAUUGAACAGUACCUGAAAAACACCAAGGAGUUCGAUGAGCAGUCGGUCAACAUUCGGAUAGAGAAACUCGAGCAAAAGUGGAAUGAGUUCGAGGAUCUCCAGAACGAUAUCGAGAGCAUGGAGGACAAUGAGGAGAACAUGCCAGAGCACCAUCAACUCAGGGCCGAAUUCGAAGGAAAGUACUUUGAGCGUAUGUUUUCAACGGCAACAUCCACUAGCGUUAGUAAAUUCCGUCCCACGAAAGUUUCGGUCAACUCGGCGACUGAAACGAAGUCACCAAACUGCUUCGCCUGUAAGGAAAAUCAUUGGAUUACUCAGUGCCCAACCUUCGCUAAGUUAGGAGUGGACAAACGGCUGCAGCUCACCAACUCCAAGCGGCUCUGCAGUAAUUGUCUUGGUAGGAAUCAUUUGGCACGGGACUGUCCGUCAAAAUAUCGUUGCAGAACGUGUUCGAAGAAGCACCACACGUUGUUGCAUCCUGGAUUUCCUGGUUCUGGUUCCAUGGUUCUGGCAACGAAUGAAAAUGGAAACCCUUCUACAUCAUCAUCAAAUGGCGGUGCUUCGAACUCUGGUGAAUCUGUUUCUAGUUCGAUGGCACUAAUUUCAUCCAAUUCGGCGAUAGGGCACUCAAAAUCGCAUAUAUUUUUGCUCACGGUGUUGCUAAAUGUGAAGGACGUUUGGGGAAGGAUACAUCAGGCAAGGGCGCUUCUAGACUCCGGAUCACAGGCCAACUUGAUGUCGGCAAAUCUCUGCAAGCUACUUCAACUUUCACGACGGGACAAAAAGGUGGAAAUAACUGGUAUUGGUCGAUCACGAAAUCGCACGGCUUAUGAAGUCUCCACUACAAUUUCUUCUCGGACGGAUAAUUUCUUAACUUCAAUGGAAUUUCUGGUGUUGGAGCAGCUCACUGAAAAUCAGCCAUCAUACUCGAUUCCGAUGCGAGAAUGGCAACCUCCGGCUGAUAUGGUUUUGGCUGAUCCUGGUUUCAACGUUUCUGGUCCGAUCGAUUUGGUCUUAGGUACCCAGUACUUUUACGAAUUCCACAUAAGCGAUGGUGGCCGGUUGCAAGCUCGUAAAUUCGACAAUACGCUCCCAGUAUUUGUCAAUACGGUAUUCGGAUGGGUAGCAGCUGGUGAGGUUACAUGCAUGGAAGGGCAGUCGCGGGUUAGUUGCCAUACUACGAAGGUGGAAUCUUUGGACAAGGCAAUCGAACGGUUUUGGGCAGUGGAAGAAUUUACGGUUAAAACACCACGCUCACAGGAAGAGGAAGAUUGUGAGACACAUUUCUUUAACACAGUCUCUCGUGAUGACACUGGCAGGUAUAUUGUGCGGUACCCUAAGCACAUGAAUUUCAACAGCAUGAUUGGUGAAUCGAAACAGAUGGCUCUCCGAAGAUUUCAUCACACUGAAAGACGAUUGAAACUAAACUGUGAUCUGCGAUCGCAGUACAGUGACUUCAUGAUGGAGUACAUUGAGCUGGGUCACAUGAAGUGCAUUGGAGUGGCGGAUGACUCAAGCUUGGAUGAAGGCAAAAUUGUCUGCUAUCUUCCACACCAUCCUGUAUUUAAGGAAACAAGCUCAACGACGAAAAUGCGUGUGGUCUUCGACGGAUCAGCGAAAACUUCCACGAACUAUUCGCUCAAUGAAGCUCUACUUACAGGGCCAACUAUUCAAGACGAACUACUUGAAAUAAUGAUUCGAUUCCGGAAACAUGCCGUUGCCCUGGUGGCGGACGUUGCAAAAUCAGUUUACGAGCUACAAACUGUCACUUACGGAUUGUCUCCAUCGUCGUUUCUCGCUACCCGGGUACUGAAGCAACUGGUUUUGGAUUUGGGUGAAAAAUACGAGCAUGCAGCCAGCUCCGUGGAAGAAGAUUUUUAUAUGGAUGACUUCCUGUCGGGUGCAGCCACGGUGGAAAAGGCAAUACUGCUUCAAAAGGAAGUGCAAAAUUUGUUGGAAGAAGGAGGUCUAGAGCUUCGGAAAUGGUCUUCAAAUAAUUCGGAUGUCCUGAAAAAUGUUCCUAACGAGGCUCUUGUCGGUGAUGCAACUCUACACUUUGGAGAAGAUCAGAGAAUAAAAACGCUUGGUAUCGGAUGGGAAACAAAACCAGAUCAUCUGUGCAUCGAGGUUGAACUAUCGACGAAAGAGUGUAUUUGGACAAAACGCAAAAUAUUUUUUACGAUUGUCAAGCUGUACGACCCGCUUGGACUGGUUUCACCGGUCAUCGCUUGGGCAAAAAUUCGAAUGCAACAUCUUUGGCUAACCGCUGUUGAAUGGGACGAUCCAGUUCCGGAGGAAAUCGCAAGCAAAUGGAUGGAUUUUGUGGCACAGUUGCCGAUUCUGAACGACUAUAAGGUACCUCGCUUCAUCUUUCUGCCGGAUUUUGUCUCUAUACAGUUCCAUGUAUUCACCGAUGCAUCGGAAAUUGGAUAUGGUGCCUGCAUCUAUGCGCGCUCUAUCGACAAGGCGAAGCAAAUCAAAAUCGAGCUCAUAGCAGCCAAAUCACGGGUGGCACCACUCAAGCGCGUUAGCUUACCUCGGCUCGAGCUCUGUGCUGCACUCCUGGGAGCAAAAUUAUAUGCUAAAGUUUCAGCAGCACUCAAGAUGGAAGGAGUUUCUUGUUGGUUCUGGUCAGAUUCAAUGGUGACGCUUCAUUGGAUUCAGGCCCCACCUAACACAUGGCAAACCUUCAUCGGGAACCGUACUGCAGAGAUUCAACAGUUAACCCACGGGCACAGCUGGAAUCACGUGAAAGGAACUGAAAACCCGGCUGACUUGAUUUCACGUGGAAUGCUUCCUCAAGAUUUCUCCGUCACCACUGUGUGGCGCUGCGGUCCAUCAUGGCUCUCGAACGAGGAGGAAUAUUGGCCUAAGCACCCAACUGGUACGCCACCCGAGGAUCUACUAGAACGCCGAAAAACAGCACUCGUGAUUCAACAAACACCAGAGCAUAACUUUCUAUUCCACCGCUAUUCAAGCUUUUGGCGUUUACUUCGGAUUACUGCCUUAAUUCUUCGUUUUGUGAAUCGAUGUCGUCGCAAACCUAAUUGCCACCCAAACCUAUUCGCUUCAGUAGGAGAACUAGAGCAAGCUAAAGAAACACUAUCGAAGUUGGCGCAACAUGAAAUAUUUGCAGAUGAACGUAAACAACUGAAAAAAACUCGAACCGUCUCCAAAAAGUCGUCAUUGAAACUACUUGGCCCGUUCCUUGACGAAAAGGGAAUCAUUCGACUCGGUGGACGACUUGAACACUCCUCCGAGUACUACCACACAAAGCACCCUAUAAUUUUACCAAAAUUCCAUCCACUCACACGCCUCAUUACACAACACUAUCACGAACAAUGCAUGCAUUCCGGUCCUCGCAUGACCUUAGCUACAAUGCAUCAAGAAUUCUGGCCAGUUAACGGAAAGACAAUCGCCAAUUUUGUGUGUCGCAAAUGUCCGCAAUGCUAUCGCCUAAACCCUGCUCCAGUUUCUCAACCCGUUGGCCAAUUGCCAAAGUCCCGCACAGCACCAUGUAGAGCUUUCACCAUAGUUGGAGUGGACUACUGCGGACUCGUUAUCUUAAAACCAGCGCAUCGACGAGCAGCACCACGGAAGGCAUUCAUUGCCGUAUUUGUUUGUUUUGCCUCCAAAGCCGUGCAUCUGGAAUUGGUCUGUGACCUAUCCACGGAGGCCUUUAUUGCAGCCUUACGUCGCUUCAUCGCACACCACGGGAUGCCAGCAGAAAUCCAUUCGGACAACGCGAAACACACCAGAGAAUCAAUCAACCGAGAAUGCAGCAAACACCGAAUUCAGUGGCACUUCAUUCCGCCAAGAGCACCAACCUUCGGCGGUCUAUGGGAGGCCGCUGUGAAAACCGCGAAAACAACACUGAGAAAAGUGCUCGGAAAAACGCAGCUGUCCUACGAAGACUACGCAACAGUGCUAGCACAAAUCGAGGCAAACAUGAACAGCCGACCGCUUACGUCCUUAUCCAUCGACCCUAUUGAGCUAGAUGUCCUCACUCCCGGUCAUUUCAUCAUCAGGGCACCGCUCAUAAGCCUCCCGGAACCAAACUACGUGCAAAUUCCCACCAACCGACUAAACCACUACCAACAGUUGCAAAAUUGGUCCAGCAGCACUGGGAUCGCUGGAGAAUAG